CCGUGUGCCGGGGACUGUGUUGAUGCGUGCGUGCGUGCGUGCACACGUAAAUAAAUAAAUAAAUCGGGCGAAACAUCACGAAGAACGUUGACCUUCGCGUGGCUUGUGAUGUUCGUGGAAUUUGCCGGACCAGAGAAUCGAGCGAGCGACCGUGCGAAACCGUGAAUGCACCUGAUCUCCCGAACAGCCGGCGGGACGACAAACAACGCGAGAUCGGGAUGUGCGAUUUGAUAGACCUGAACAGUCCGGACGCGAGGGGAGCGUUGAAAUCGGCGAAGCUAGCGUCGCCGCUGAUCCCGGCGCCGAGGAGCAUCGAGCACGUCGACGGCGGCACGGGCACGACGGAGUCGGCGGCCGAGAAGCGCGAGGGCGACGGUAACAAUCCGUUCGACCGGGUGUUGCACGAGACCGCCGAGUACGUCAGCAAGAAGGGCGAUCCCUUCGAGGUGAUGCUGCAACGGGCCCUGAGGUCCAAGAGUUGGAGGAACGCGCAGCCCGUGGGCUUCACGGACGACUUUACGCCGAAGAAGAAGAAGAGGUACUGCAAAACGAUGAACAAGACGCUGGGUAUGCUCGACGAGCUGUUCCUCGAAAGCAGGUUUGGCUUGUUCGACGUGGGCAAGAGGGAAGCGAGGAUCAAGGCGGGAAGAGGCGUGGGUGUCGACGCGAGAGACGCCGACGUCCGUGCCGACAGCAACGCGGCGGAUGAUGCGUCUGCCUCUAAGCAGGAGCCUAAGAUAUUCGCUGCCGCUUCAGACUCGCUCGAGUUGUCUAUCCUAAAUCAGUCUGCGAUGAACGACACGCUGCUGGACGUAUUUCCCAAGUCCAAGGAGAACGGCGAGGUGUCACCUUUUCUAGAGACAGACACGUCGUUCAGAGAAUUUGUCUUCCCAUCAAACAGACUGCAUCACUUCAAGCUGCGCUCGUUAUCGCAGGGGACUGGAAAGUCACCGACAGGACCGUCGUAUCUGAACAAGAGAUCCCAAUCCGUGACGGAUGGUCGGAGGACAGUCUCGCAGAGUGACAACAGCACCGUGUCGUCCUUCCUGGACAGAGGCUUCAUGGAGAGCAGACAGAGCGAACAGUCUGUAUUCUCCAGUUUGUCGAACGUCUCGUCUAUAACAAAAUUGACGUCCGCUUCACUGUCGUCGUCGAUACUGUCGAAUGACGCUAUCAAUCACGCUUUCCUGGAUGACGGCUCGUCGAGAACGAGUCGGGAGAGAACGACUGCAAUUGAAAGUUCUAUGGAAGUAAAGCUGAAGGAGUAUGACUUAACGGACCUGGCGGAGAGACUUAACAAAUUGAAAUGCGCUAUGAAUGACACCACCAAUAUCUCGAGUGUAACGGAGGACUCCAGCUCCACGAAAAGGGAAGACAAUAAGCGAACUACGAGUAGUAAAUUGAUAGACGUCGAUGUAUUCGUUCCAGAACCAAAUAAAGAAUUUAAUAGAAGUUCGUCUUCCACUUGUUCUUCGGAUUCUGUAUUUACUAAUACAAAUAAAGUUGAUAAGUCCAUACUGAAGGAGGCUAAAGUGCUUGCAAAGACUUUUGAGGAAAUGGCAUUAAAAACGGAUUCUGGCUCUACUACGGAUGAUUUGAUUUCGAAUAAUACUUUGUGGAUGUCAGAAUUACUACCGGCAUUUGAGGAUGAACCUGUGGUAAAUAAUUUAAUUGAUUUACCUGGAUCGCCAGAAGGACAUUUGAAAAAUAUUCAAAACAGUGAUAAGAAGCAAUCUUCUGCAAGUAUCGAUAGCGCGGAAGAGUUGUUUAAGAAAAUGGAGUCGUCACUUACCGAUGCACCUGCUGUAAAACAAGACGUAACCUCGUUAUUGUCAGAUCUCAGAAAAUUAGUUAAAACAGAAAGUAAUCCGGAAGCUAAGAAAUUACUUGAUAAUCUAGAAAACAUUUUGGAUAUUAAUUAUAAAAAUAAUACGGAGCUAUUAAUGUCUUGUUUCAAUGUGCCAAACAAGUCCUCGCGGAGUCCUCAGAAGGUAUCCUCAGAGAGUAUCGAAAGAUUCGACAAAUCAAGUGUAGAUAAAAGUGAAGAUACAAGCGGUAAAGCGUCGUUUCAGGAAAAGCUCUGUAAUGCUGAAAAGUCGCUGUCGGACACAACUUCUAAAUCGGAAGAUACAUCGCGAGAUGCUCUCAGUAUUGAGAAAUCGUUUUCUUCCUGCAAAGAUAAUAACGAAGAUCGUACGAGUACUACACAUUCGUCCGACAAAGAUAAUCAAGUGGAUAAAAAAGUGGCGAUAGAACUGCUGGUGAAUCUCCGAAAAUUAUUGAGCGGUCAAGCCGAGGACGAUGUCACAAUGCAACUACUUAAAAAUAUAGGAAAAGUAUUAAAUACCGCAUUAAACAAUGGCACUGAAAGUGAAACACGAGCGAAUUGCACUGGCAGGCAAAAUAUUCAACAAACCACGCCCGUAAGAAAACCUCCGGAAUCCGCUCGCGAUGUACAUUCGUCCGCACUGUCGACAAAAGUGGCGCAAAGACGAAGCUUGGAGCCGAAAUCUAAAAAGACGGUUAGAAGAAGUGUAUCCGCAGUCGAGUCAUCGCCCAAGAACACGUCGAGCACGCAAAUACGCAGACGUAGAUCGAAUGUAUCCGAAUCGGAGAAUCAUCAGAAGCGUCUUUCAGGCAAUCCUGGAUUUAUUAACAAUUUGAAUUCAAAUAAAAAACUUGCGAUGCCAGAAGCGCGCAACACAAGAAAAGCGGAAGCUGCAAAACCUGAUAGCAAGAAGGAGAACUCCAUUGCUGUAAGUGCUCCAGUGCUGAGUGACGUUAAAAACAAGCUGAAGAAAAGAUCGGAUGUAGUCAAUAAAAGAGGUCCUGUGAAAGCAGUGCAUCCUGUGGAUAACAUGAAAAAACGAGCGUCACUCGGGAGACAGACGCAGUCUUCUCGGGUCACUACGCCGCCAAAAUCCAGCAAGGCUACCUCAUCGGGUAGUAAAAUAAUCAGCAGCACUCCCAAUUCGACGGACAAUUGUUACAUGCCUAAGAAACCCACGAAAUCCAAACCGAUAGCCUCGUCAACGCCGGACCAAAACAGCGCGGGCGUACCGUUGGCGUCCGCUAAUAAAAAACGUAACUUUUCCUGCGACAUCUCGCCGGUGACAACGUAUGCAAACAUGAGCGGCAGCGACGAGCGGAAGGAGAGUCCUCCCAAAAGAAUGUCCAAGCUGCCGACGCCGAAGAAGUGCACCACACCUACGCGUCAGCGAUCGGACGGUAUUCCGAGGUUCCUGACGCCGCCGAGGCACUAUUCGUCGAGUACGAAUAAUCCGCAGUCACCGCAGCGCUUGAACAGGAGCCUAAUCAAUUUCCAGCGGUACUCCCCCUUGAGCGAGAAGCAGAGUGUCGAGAAGGUACCGCGGCAGAGUCCGCUGAAGGAGGCCAACCGAAUCACUGCGAAGGUCAAGCCGCUUAACCUGAUUUCCAAAAUCAAGCGACACAGCCAAGGCGACUUCGGCGAGAAGGAGAAUUACGUAUGAGAAUUGAGCGAGAGAGAGAGAAAAAGAGAGAGAGAAGCAGCUCGAGAAACGACCGUGCCGCUUGUGAUAUCGAUCGUGCAUCGGAGAUUGCCUCGUAUAGAAAUCAUAGUAAGAUAAUGCGGUUUUUCGUUUUAUUUUGUGAUACCUAUAAUAUUUGUACGUUUUUAUAAUAAAAGAUGCGGCGAGAAAGUAUUGUGCGAUUCGACCGUUCGCGAGUCCCGAAAGGUAAUCUCGUUACUGUGUUCCAAACGUGUGUAUUCUCGAAUUUAUUUAUGCGACUUGCCGGUUCAAAUUAAUUUACAAUGAUAAUGCGACAAUGAGAUCUCAGUUAUGUGAAAGAGUCAAUUGAGAGAUUUAGAAAGAGACGAAUUAUAUAACGAAGGUUCAGGAUCUAAUUCCGAUAAUUUUGAAAAAAAUCUUGAUUUU